CGUUAUGUCGGUGGUGUUUUGAAAUCGCCGCGCCGCGCUAAGCCGGAUCACAGCUAAUUAGAAUUGCGCCAUACAGACAGACAGGUGCGGUGAGUGAUGAACAUGGUGAACGGUGCAACCAAGACAUUUCUGCUAUGGAAAAACGGUAUCAAGGCAAAUGGAGUGUCAAUUUACUUGCUGAUUAUGGCUGGACAUUGUUAAGAGAUACUUUAGGACCAACAUAUCGCCGUAAAACAUCAACAACAACAUUCUGAGAUUAAUGUUUAUUCGAGUGUUUAUUAGAAGUCUUAUACACAUAUCCUUAUAUUUUACGAGUAUAAGCAGCAAAUAAAAUGCCUUAUUGCAAGAAAACCGUGGGUGAUAGAAAAAAUCGAAUGUUAUUUCCGGCUUUUUGGGUAGUGUUAGCAUUAUCCUUACAAGGAAAAGCUCAGCACUUUCAGUACUUCUAUACCAACCCCACCGCUCCCCUACAGCAGUUUGGUUGGCAGCAUCCUCAAGUUUAUACUCCACGAAUUCCCCAGCAUGCACGAUUCCAACAAGAGGGGUUUUAUCAAUCACAGAUCCCGGCCCAGUUACCCGCAGACGAUUAUAGAGGAUACACUUAUCACACAUCUUUCGAUGAUGGUGCCUCUUCAAGCGUAGUAUUUUUUAGAGGACCAGUACCGACACCACAAAUAAAUUUUAUACAGAACUCGUCAUUACGGAAACACACUUUAGCCUCUGAUAAUGUUGAUUCUAAGGCAAAUCAUAAUGGUAUAGAAGGCAGUGUCGCAGAAGCUUUGAGAGGCCAAAAUCAACAACUGAGGAACUCGCCCCUUUCCAGUCCACUGUCCUUGAUAGCUACAAUGCUGGAGCAUCCAGUACAACCAAACAGUAUAGUUCAUUUCUUCAAUCAUGUUCCAGCUAGUACCAUCAGGUUACAAGAACCGUUCAUACAAGCAUCUGAAUCCAUAAUUAGUCAACAUUUUACUCAUCUAAAUUCCUUGGAAUCUAACGACGAAAAAGAACUGUUUAUGGGAAAUAGACAGGAUAAAUCCUUAGAUGACACGUUUGAAAUUGGUGCUAGGAUGUCUAGAGUAACAUCUGAAGCACUCCAGACUACAACAUCAGGACCUCAAAUGAAUUAUAGCAAAGAAACUAUAGCCAGAUUUGUAAACUUGUCUCAAGAUCCUCAUUCCACUAAGAUGAAUUCUUCUCUUCAUAAUACUACUAAUAUCAGUGAAAAAUUAAAAUUGACAGUUGCAUCUGCUGUGGAGAGUAAGAACGUCACUGAUACAACUAUGGCUGAGACAACGGAGGAAUCAACUACCACUACUAUGUUAGAGAAAGAUGAUAGCUCAAGUACCAUGUCAAAGGGAGAAUCCAACACUGAAUCUAUGCUAGAACAUAGUACUGCUAGCCCUCCUGAUUUGAUUACCAAAGAUACAGACAUGGCAAAGGAUAUGGAAAGUACCACUACUGAUGGAAAUGAUUCUGAAAAUACAACCAGGAUGUUAAUUGUAGUAGUCUGAUUGUACAAUUAUUAUAUGAAAUUACUUCCAAGAACGGCUGUAAAAGAAAUAGUCAUUCUAAAUUAUUCUUAGGUAUGUUCGCAGUAUCUGGACACAAAUAUUAAAUAAAG